UAGGAGAAUGCCUCGGUCAGGGUUGCUCAUUUUGGAACAGACUGAGAGAAAGCAGAAUCAAAAUGAAGAAGUUUCUUCUGUUGGUCUCCUUUUUGGUCCUGCUGACUACUGUUACAGAAACUUCACCAAUUUUGUCUGAAAAAGAUGCCAAACAGAUGCUGAGGACUCGUCGUGAGGAGAGACCAAGAAAAGCUGGUUUCCCUGAUGAACCAAUGAGGGAGUACAUGCUUCACCUCCAGCGCUUGGAGCAGAGAUCAGAAGAGCAAUUCCUUGAACAUUGGCUGAAUCCUCAUUGCCUCCCACACUGCAACAGGGACCUGGUGCACCCAAUCUAAUGGGAUUGCCCACCCUCCAACUGAUCUCCACAUGGAUUUAUACAUGAUUAAGGAGGACAAGUUUAUUCCUGCAUUGGCUACGUGCUCACUGUAGAGCAGAACCUCUCUGCAAUCCUCAUGGUACAGCAGAACUUCCAGCUCUGAGUGCCCUGAUGAGCUCUAGAUCACCAUUUAUUUUCUGCCAGCAAUGAUUGCAUGCAUGAAUAACUGAAUUGAGGGUUUCCACAGUUUCUGAGGUUUGGGCAACUUAUUAGUCCUAGAGUGUCCUUUCAAGGGCACAGGGUUAGACUGUCUGAAGCAAGAGGAACUUGGAGGGAGAGGUCAAUAGAAAAUUGCAGAAUAGCAACAUGAAGAGAAGGCCAGCUUUCUGGGCUUUGGAGGAAUCCUUAAUUACAUUUUCCUAGGUUAAAUAACAAUAUUUCAUGAAGACACAUCAUUUAUGUAACACUAUUUCCUACUGCUUGAUGAGUAUUUCAUGUAUUGUUUCAUAAUAAAAGCUUGACUCAAUUUC